AUGGAAGGCAAUACAGGAAAUGGAAAGGUGGUGUGCGCGACUGGUGCUUCUGGUUUUGUUGCUUCAUGGCUCGUCAAGCUUCUUCUUCUUCGUGGUUACACUGUGAAGGGCACAGUUCGUGAUCCAGAUGAUUGGAGCAAGACAGAGCACUUGAUGAGGCUGGAAGGAGCAAAGGAGAGAUUGAAGCUUCUGAAAGCAAAUUUAUUGGAAGAAGGUUCCUUUGACUCUGCUGUCGAGGGCUGUCAUGGUGUUUUCCACACUGCAUCUCCUGUACUUUCUGUUUCUCGUGUCGAAGUCGAUCCUCAGACUGCAUAUAUUGAUCCAGCAGUCAAAGGAACUAUGAAUGUUCUUAAAUCAUGCACAAAAUUAUCAUCGGUUAAACGAGUUGUUUUGACGUCUUCUGUAGCUGCUGUUUUCUAUAAUGCAAGACCUAGAACUCCUGGAGUUGUAGUUGACGAGACAUGGUUUUCAGAUCCAGAUAUCUGUAAGGAAAAUGAGGAAUGGUCAGGAUAUGUACUUUCCAAAACUUUGGCAGAAGAAGCAGCUUGGACAUUUGCAAAAGAGAACAACAUUGACCUUGUUACUAUCAAUCCGGCUGCUGUGGUUGGGCCUUUCUUGCAGCCAACGCUUCAAGCAACUGCUAAUUUAAUUUUAAUUCUGUUAAAUGGUGCAAAGACAUUUCCAAAUAGUACUUUUGGAUGGAUCAAUGUGAAAGAUGCUGCAAAUGCCCAUAUUCAAGCAUUUGAAAUUCCUUCUGCUAGUGGAAGAUAUUGUCUGGCUGAGAGAGUUGCAUACUAUUCAGAUGUUGUGAAGAUUUUACAUGAGUUAUAUCCAACUUUGCAACUUCCUGAAAAGUGUGCAGAUGACAAACUAUUGAUGCCAAUAUAUCAGAUUUCAAAAGAAAAGGCAAAGACAUUGGGAAUUGAGUUCAUUCCACUUGAAGUGAGCCUCAAAGAGAUAGUGGAAAGCCUUAAAGAAAAGAAAUUUAUUGAAUUCUGA